CCCCGCAAAAUGGAACGAGAUAGAAAUAGCGUAGUUUUGUGAGUGAGAAAAAGAAAAAAAGGGGGAGAAGAAUAUCACCGGUUUGUUGUAUACGAAAGUAUCCUUCGGCAUUUCACGCUUCCCUACCGGCUAAUUAAAUUAAUAGAUACGGUCAUGUGCGCGUCUGGUUUCUUCCCUCGGGAAACGUGGAGUAGGAACAUUCGAUCUCUUUGUUGUAUAUUAUACUCCUUCGGUUUCGCUCCUCCGUUUCCAGUUUCAUGUUAUCUGCAACACAAUUAAUUCAGUAAUUAGAAUCCCGACGACACAAAUGAGCUCCUACACUGUACAUGUAUACAAAAAUGUCCAAGGAAUCGAACGGAAGGGGAUGGAAAUUGGAUACGGGGGUUUCGGAUGUCGAAAGAGUCCCGAUCCUAUCCGCAUCGAAAGAUCCGAAACUUGCAGCCAGAUUGAAAACGAUUUCCGAUUACUUCGCUGAAAAAUUUCAUCGGGAGCCCUCGUUUUUCGUCAGAGUGCCCGGAAGGGUGAACCUGAUAGGCGAGCACAUCGACUAUUGCGGUUACGCCGUGUGCCCAAUGGCGAUAAGACAGGAUAUUUUGAUGGCAAUUUCGUCGACGAACGACGAUAAAAUACGUCUGACAAAUAUGGAUCCGAAAUAUCACGAUCACGAGACCGACUUCGAUCGAAUUCGGAGCGGUUCCUUCGACGGGAGUCCAUCGUGGCACAACUACUUUCUGUGCGGUGUAAAGGGAGCACUCGACGAGAUUCCCGAGGGAUCCGAACCUACCGGAAUACUGGCAACCGUUUGGGGAAACGUUCCGGCCAGUUCGGGACUAUCGAGUUCAAGUGCUCUCGUUUCCGCGGCGGUUCUCGCCACCAUGCACCUAUCGGAAUGCGACGAGAGGUCCAAAGAGGAUAUGGGAACCAUCAGCGCCAGGGCGGAAAGGUACAUCGGAACUCAGGGCGGCGGAAUGGAUCAAGCAAUCGCAUUCCUCGGGGAACCAGGUUGCGCGAAACUCAUAGAGUUCGAUCCCCUGCGAGCUUUCAACGUAACUUUACCCAGGAGCGCCGUUUUUGUAAUAGCUCAUUCUCUCGCCCGUCACAACAAGGCGUCGACCUCCGACUACAAUCUGAGGGUUGCCGAGUGCCGGAUGGCCGCCCAGAUAAUAGCGAAACGAUACGGUAUCGCUUGGGAGAAAGUUAGAAAAUUGAUCGACGUACAAGUGGAACUUGACAAAACUCUCGAAGAAAUGACGACCAUUGUCGACAGGGAACUUCUUCAGGAUUCUUACAACAUCGAAGAGAUAUGCAGCAUCCUCGGGGCGAAGCUCGAGCACUUGAGAGAAGUUUCUCUUGCGACUACAUCGUUCAAGGAUUCUCAACCCUUCAAGCUCAGACAACGGGCCAUGCACGUGUUUCAAGAGGCGGCGAGAGUGGUGAAAUUUCGUGAAAUAAACGAAGCCGAUCGUAAAACGGGGUCGGAUGAAAAAAUGGAGGAGGACGAGAGACUCGGUCAACUCGGACGUCUUAUGACAGAGAGUCACGUCAGCUUGGAUCAACUGUACGAGUGCAGUCAUCCGGAAUUAAAUCGUGUCGUUGAAGAUGCGAUGGAUUGCGGAGCUCUCGGUGCCAGACUAACGGGAGCUGGGUGGGGCGGUUGCGCGGUCGCUCUGACUACCGACGAUAAUGUCGACGGAUUUCUGGAGGCUCUCAAAGAAAAAUUCUAUCGACGCAGAAACGUGGAACCCACAGAAGCGAACGGUCUAUUGUUUCCAACGGAGCCUAAUCAAGGCGCGGCUAUCUACCUCCCUUAGGUGAUUCGUUUGGCCAGCUAUGAGAGUUCAACUCGGUCGUCAACGGACUGCGUACCGAGCCGUGAUGACCGUAAUUGCAAUUAAUUACCCGUUAAUUUACUCCGUACUAAAUUCCACUUCACGAGUGAACCGGCGAGGAGCUUCGACUGCGCGGGAGAGACGAAAGAAAAUUCGCUCGCAUUGUCCGCGUAUGGGAUAGAGAAAUUAAAAUAUGGAGAAAGUAUCCGACGGGAUCAAAAGGACUUUCCUUAAGCUCUCCGCUGAGAGAUUGCAUUUUUCAUUCAGACGAAUAAACUAUUGACGGCGAUCGA